AUGGUAGAGUGGUGCUUACCUCAAGAUAUCGACCUCGAAGGUGUUGAGUUCAAGUCUAUGGCCAGUGGUUCCCAUAAAAUUCAGUCUGAUUUCAUAUAUUUCCGGAAGGGGCCCUUCUUUGGCCUGGCGUGCUUUGCCAACAUGCCUGUGGAAAGUGAGCUGGAACGUGGUGCACGAAUGAAGUCUGUGGGCAUCCUCUCUCCCUCCUACACCUUGCUCUACCGCUACAUGCACUUCUUGGAGAACCAGGUUCGACACCAGCUGGAGAUGCCAGGACAUUACUCUCAUCUGGCUGCCUUCUACGAGGACAAGAAAGGGCUGCUUCAUACUGGUCCCGGCAGAGGCAGCAGCCUGCCCCCUGUCUGCUGGCUGCCUUCCAUCCACCGAUACAUGUCUCAGUUUAUUAAGUUCUUUGGAGAGCAGAUCCUCAUCCUCUGGAAAUUUGCCUUACUUCGAAAGCGCAUUUUGAUCUUUUCUCCUCCACCUGUGGGUGUCGUGUGCUAUAGAGUGUACUGCUGCUGCUGUCUGGCCAACGUCUCAUUGCCUGGCAUCGGGGGCACCAUUCCUGAGUCCAAGCCUUUCUUCUAUGUGAACGUGGCUGACAUUGAGAGCCUGGAGGUAGAGGUGUCCUAUGUGGCCUGCACCACAGAGAAGAUCUUCGAGGAGAAGCGGGAGCUGUAUGACGUCUAUGUGGACAACCAGAAUGUGAAGACACACCACGACCACCUGCAGCCGCUGCUGAAGAUCAACAGCGCUGACAGGGAAAAGUACCGGCGGCUCAAUGAACAGAGGCAGAUGCUGUUGUACUCCCAGGAAGUGGAAGAAGACUACAACCCUUGUGAAGAGGACCUCUUUGUGCUGUUUUUCCUUGAACAAAACAACCGGAUAUUUCAGACUUUGUUGGAGGUGUCUGCCAGUCAAGACAAAACUCUAACAGCAGAGCAUGCCCGGGGCAUGGGCCUAGACCCCCAAGGAGACCGGAGCUUUCUCCUGGACCUGCUGGAGGCCUAUGGCAUUGACGUCAUGCUGGUCAUUGACAACCCUUGUUGCCCAUAGGAAGAGGAACACAAGACUGGGAGCCACCUCACGUGGGAUGACAGCAGCCUGGAGUUCACCCCAGGUCUCCAAAGGGCCUGAUUUUUUAUUAAGUUGACACAAAGGAAUAUUGUUUAUACUUUCCAACAAAUGUGAUUUUUGCAGUUUCCUUUCUGCCCUUUUCCCUGAGGUGAGGUGAGAUCACCUUGAUUCUGUGUCCUGCCUUGUUAGGAUGCUGGAAUCCGCCACUUUUUCUCAGAGCAGCUUCUUCUUUGGGUUUGGUCUUAGGAGUUGUAUCACUAGGAGUGGGUCAAGCUCUGGAAACUUCGGGAUGGAUUGUUCAGAAAGCCUGGAUGGCCUUUGUCCCUUGAUGCAUUCAAGAAUAAGACAACCAUCUUGUCCAGUGUGGCCUUAGAUGUUCAUCUCCCUACAAGUGAUAACCAGACCAGAGGACCUGCCAAGGCUUUCACCAGUUCUGGGAGUCAGUAGUCUCGGGAUCUGAUCCCUUUUCCUGUUUAUUAUGGCAACUCUGUGUCUUCUCUGUUGACUUGAGUAGGGACCAUGGGGAGGGACAGAAGGAUGCUUCUGACACCAAAUAGGACAGAAUGCUUAACAGAGAGUUGAAAACCAAAAUUGUAGAACGAAGCCUUGAAACCUUUCUCAAAGUAACUUAAUGGUGGCCACUCAAUAGAAUUUUCCCCUUCUCUGAACCCCUCCCCUUGGGAUGGGUUGGCAGAGUCCUUAGGGGCAGUGCCAGCCUUAGCACUUGCAAGCAAUUCACUUUGCAAUUUAGUCUCUUUUAAGGGCUAAAUAUCCUCUUGGAAUAAUUUGAGUAUUUUUAAAGAGUAGCUUUUGGGCCACCAGAGGGUAGAGUGGUUGAGGUCUGAAUGGACUAGAGAAGCAGUCUUAAUUUCUCCGUGUAAUGAGAGUUCUCUGGAGGCAGGACCAGCCUAGCCUCUGGAGCAGUAUAGAUGUCCAGGAUUCUGAUAUCUAGCAAGGAUCUGAGCUGUUAGCUCAGAGGGUGGAGUGUGAAGUAAUAAGACUGGCUGUCACUUUGGAGCUCUCAAAAAACAAACUUUUCAUUAGCAGAGAUAUGACAUUCCUUAGGCUAAGUAAUUGGGUCUAGAGACCUAACAAGAUUUGUUGAGAAAAUUUGACAGUGCCUUCACCCAGGAAAGUGGUCAGGAACCAGAGUGUCAGGGAAGUAUUUAUCCACUUUCCUCUGAAGUGUUCUGGUCUGGGGUGAGUCCUCUUGCUACCUGUGUGUCAGCUGGCAUCUUAAAGGAUGGCAGCUUCAGUGUUUGUCAGCCAUUCCAAAAGCCAGCAUCUGUGAGUGAAAUUUAGGCCUUUUUGGCCAUGGUUGAGGAUUUUGGCGGGAUACUGGGUUGUUGGUGACAAAUAAACUCUUCCUCUUUACCCUUCCUGGCCAGUUCUGAUACUGGAGCAACCUUCGAUGCAUCUGUAUCUGUGGCCAAGACCCAGUCAGGCUAAUGUACACAGCAGGGAGGAAUAACCUUCAAACUGAUGGAUCACACGCCUCAUCUCAAAAUGAGGUUCUUAGGGCUUACUGUUUUAUUCAAAAGUCUCCUCACUGUAGCUCCUUGAUAUGGAACUCAAGACCGAAGAAAUUCACAUGUAUGGAAAAGCAAAUAGAUGUUGCUUAAUCAAGGUGGCAACUUUAUGUAAAUAUAUAAAUAAGUUGGGCAUUGAAAUGUAAAUUGUAUGGUUAAUACAUUUUUCUCCUCUGC